AUCUUUAUUGCUAGACACUAUCUGUUGCCGCGGUCUCUUUAGUGCACGUUUAGUCUCGACUAGUACGCAACCUGAAGAACACCUCCAGGUUAGACUUGCGUAAAAAUACGAUCAUAGUGAAAAAAAAUUUAUAAACAUUUUAGAAUGGCAAAUUUACAGAAUGGAUCCUCUAAAAAGAGGCUGGAUGUUGUAGUUGUGGGCGGUGGAUUGGUGGGGUCACUUGAAGCACUGUACUUAGCUAAAAGGGGGCAUCGAGUACGUCUCUACGAAUUUCGUGAAGAUAUUCGUAAAACCCCAGAAGUGAGGGGGAGGUCUAUUAACCUCGCACUGUCGAUACGCGGCCGCACUGCGCUCAGGGAUGUGGGGCUGGAGAAGCAUAUAGUCGAAAGCUAUGGGAUCCCCAUGUACGGCCGUCGGAUACACAGACUCGAUGGGUCUACUUACAACAUACCUUACGAUGCUAAUACUAAACAGGGCAUUUACUCCGUGGGACGUACUUACUUGAACAGUCUUUUGUUACAAGAAUCCGAAAGCUACGACAAUGUAGAAAGAUUCUUCCAUCAUAAAUUGAUUGAAGCGAAUUUACAUAAAGGCUCACUUACCUUCCUGAAGACCAAUACAAAUGAAACCGUUUCGGUCACUGCCGACCUUAUCAUUGGAGCCGACGGUGCAUAUUCGUCUGUGCGCAAGGCUAUGUUGAAGGAACCUCUGUUCGAUUUCAGCCAAAAGUACAUCGAACAUGGUUAUUUGGAGCUAUGCAUACCAGCCGACGAGAAUGGUGGAUUUCAGAUGCCGCCAAACUUCCUUCACAUCUGGCCGCGAGGCGAAUUCAUGAUGAUAGCACUUCCAAAUCAAGACUGUUCGUGGACAGUUACACUUUUUAUGCCUUUUAUAAAAUUCAAAAACUUGGACACAGAAGAAAAACUAUUGGACUUUUUCGAAGCAUACUUUCCUGAUUCAAUAAGUUUGAUUGGGCGGAAAAAGUUGCUUGAGGACUUCUUCGGUGGCAAACCUUCGCCUUUGGUGGCUAUCAAGUGUCGUCCGUAUAACGUAGAUAACAAAGUACUUCUGAUUGGCGACGCAGCGCAUGCCGUAGUCCCGUUCUACGGCCAAGGAAUGAACGCUGGUUUCGAAGACUGUUGGCUUCUUGAUAAAUUGAUGCAGAAACACAACGAUGAUCUUAGCAAAGUACUACCAGAAUUCUCGGAUACAAGAUGGGAGGAUACAUUUGCAAUAAGUGAUUUAGCUCUGUACAACUACGUGGAGAUGAGAGAUUUAGUAACACGACCGACGUACCUUAUUCGUAAGGCAUUGGAUGAUCUCUUGUCAUGGGCCUUGCCGACCGUCUGGGUGCCUCUGUACAACUCCGUCACAUUCUCGACGAUGCCAUACAGUCAAUGUGUCAAAAAUAGACAAUGGCAGGACAAGAUAUUGAAGAGGGCAUUUAUGAUUUUGGGAUUAUCAAUUCUUGCGGGCGGUGGAUAUUCCUACAAAAAUAAUAAUGUUACAAGUGAUAUGAUAUUGUUACCUAUUAGAAAUAUAUUUAAAAAGCUAUUUUAAGAAUAGCGUAAAGUAUUAUUGUAACUGUCGCCUUUUUCCGAGGUAGACGUUAAUAUCUACUUGACUAGUGUAGAUAUUGUCGAACAUUGUAUUUUUAAAAACUGUAUUACUAUUCCAAAUAAAGAUUUAUUAUAAUUAUUA